AAUCAGAAUGAAUUAGAAAAAUUGUACAUGUAACGCAAUAACAAAAUGUGUAAUUGUUGCAAAAGGUUUCAUCACAAAUGCACGAAACUGAAAGUGUGCAACUUCCUGGAAACGACCCACUUUUUCUUUCCAGGCUUGCAAAUAGAGCUGUGUUCCACGAACGGGAGUGACCUCCCUUUUAUAUGAUGAAUAUAUUUACGAUUUUCUGGCGGGCGUCUCCAAAAGCAAGCAGGUGUUUUAGUCUGUUCGCAAAGUCAAAGCUUGAUCGUCGAAGCGUGGACAAUAUGACUUACUACGUUUCAUUUGCGGACAAACCCGUUUGUUUCAUACAAACUGAAAAUACUGACAAGGGAAGUGCUUCAGAAUAUAAGGAACUGAGAAAACAAGUGUCGUCCUGUCUUCCCGGCACAAUUACAGAAAACACACUCUUUGUGGCCGAACAAACUGGUUUGGAAUGUUCCGAUGCUCUCACAGGGUAUAUACAGUCAUGUAUUACUCUCUACAGACUGAAGCGGUCGAUCGACUCUGGCGCUCACCAUCUUGCCUUCGGCACGCGGCUUGACAGCACUGUCGCAUGUGGCAGCAGAAACUCCCAAGACCUCGACGGGGAGCAUCUCAAAAGGUGCUUAUUUGUUUGCUCCAAAAAGAAUACAACGUCAACAGUCCCACCUCUCUUAAACAUGACGAUCCCUGGAGAUGUGUGUGUUUCUACAUUUGUUCAAAGAGAUGAGACAAACGUUUUUGAGCGGAAGAUACUAGAGUCUGAUUCAUCAGAAGUAAAACGUUCACUUUUUCGGCUUUACUGUCCAAAACAUGCCAGCACAAAUAAAUACAAGAUUCCACCCAUGUUCAACACCCCAUCGUGCAGCCCUGUGUUUCACAGUUUUGAAAGAACAAUGGAUAUUUUAGCCAGAGUGUCGGAUAUGCCGGAAGUUCGGGAGCUAUUGUCAAUUGGAAAAAAAGAACUUCCUGGGAGCGUGAACAUUGAAUCACUUCAGUCUCAGUUAAAGCAUCCUUUUGUUGUGGUGGAAGGCAUGGAUGCUGCAGGGAAGACAACUCUGACCGAGACUCUGGAGCACAAGAUGCAAGCAGCAAGAUACCACACUCCACCUCCUUGUAUUCAACAUCUCAGGAAAUUCUUUGAUCCUAUGCCGGAAAUUGUCCGAAGAGCAUAUUACUCCUUGGGGAACUACAUUGUGGCAGUUCAGAUUGCCGAGGAAUGUCAACAAAAAGCUGUCAUAAUGGAUAGGUUCUGGCACAGUACGGCCGCCUACGGUAUCGCCAAUGAGACAUCCUUGAGUGAUCAGCCCCCUCCAGGUCACAUCACCUACAACUGGCCAUGUGACCUACUUCGACCAACCGUGGUCUUGUUCCUGAACGUAACAGAGGAUGUUCGCAAACAGAGGAUGAACUUCCGAGAAGCAGCCAUGACCUAUGAAGAGCAGAGACUUGACACUGAUGCCUUGUUCAGACAAAGGUUGUGUGAAGCCUACAAGAGAAUGGGAAACCCAGCUUGCACAGAAAUUGAUGCAUCCGGAACUCGAGAGACAGUGGUUGACCUCACACUGUCGGCACUGCAUCAACAUAGGGUCGUGUUGACCUGAGGUCAUGCCAAGGUCAGCUUUAGGACACAUGAAUGCUAGAAUUGACUUCCUGGAACUCGAGAGACAGUGGUUGACCUCACACUAUUGGCACUGCAUCAACAUAGGGUCGUGUUGACCUGAGGUCAUGCCAAGGUCACCUUCAGGACAUGUGAAUGUUAGAAUUGACUUCCUGGAACCCCAUCAAAACGACACUUCAAUCUGUUCAAGAAGGAAUCGAGGUUGUGAUAAUUAGCAGUCUUUGGAGCUUCUUGAAACAACCCUUGACUCUUUUCUGUGAAUUCAAGUUGUAUCAUUUAGAUUAGUAUAGGAUGAAUGAGAAUCUAAUCUUGUUAAAAUCAGAUCUUUUGCUCUGACAUGACAAGUCUUUCUACAUUAGGAUAGGACAACCCCUUAUGUUAGGUCACAUCAGGUUAACCUCCCGAACAACCAAUCAGUGUCUCUGGCAGUAUGAGCAAGAGAAUCAUAGUAUCCAGAAAUUAGACAUAAAAGGGCAGUUCCAAAUGAUAAAUAUUAAAGCCUGAGCUAUGAUAUUGUGGUAAUUCAUUACACCCUGUAUGCACCAUGGCAUCUACACCCAAGAGGGUGUACAAUCAAGGGAAUGUUUGUUUUCUGUGUAGGUUUUCCUUUGUUAAGAUCGAAACGAGGCUAAGUGGUAAAGAAAUGAAGCUGAAUUUUUUAGAAUGCUGAUAUCUGACAAGCGGAAAAACCUACCAAUCCAUCCUUCAGAUGACAGGACAUGGAUGGUUGUCUAAGGUGCCGCAAGUUAAUGUACAGAGUUGUGUCCCUUGGGCACACCAGAAACCUAUGAUUGAACCUAUCCCGGUUCGUCCCAAUUAUGUUUCUAGAUUUGUCAGCACCAUACCCGUGUU